GGCGGCGUGCGGCAGUCGCUGUGCACAGCGCGGCCAGGAGGGCAGCGGGUGACGGAGCUGCGAGCUCGUCCCGGCGCGGGGAGGGAGACUCCGCGCUUCAACCCGGCCGCCCGCCCCGACCCCCGCGGGGGGCUGCAGCGCGCUCUUGAGGGGCCCUUGCCGCUGCGCGGAACUCGCCCGCACAGAACUGGGGCAGCGGGGCAGGCACCAAGUACCACGGGACUCUCAACAAGUCCGCCGCCCCAGCGCCGGGGUGCUGCCCCCGUCUUGUUGCGAUGCGCGUGUGAGAGCCGGGCGCCUGCUCCUCGUCGCCACAGCCGCUCCCAGCUUUUCCCCGCUUCUUCCCCCGAGUCAGCCCGGUCCCUCCAUGGGGGGCGGCGGGAAGGACGUGCCACCUGCCGCCGGCUGCCCGAGCGCGCCGGGCACCGGAACCCGCGGGCACGGGGCGCCCGGCUGCUGCCCGGCCCGGCCGCCGCUGCUGACCGCGCUGCUCUCGGUGCUGGCCGCCGCCUCCUGCGUGUACCUGGGGCUGAGGACCAGCCAGCUCCAGGCCCGGGUCUCGGCCAUCGAGAGCGCCCACGGGGGCUUCUCUGCCGCUGCCGCCGCCUCCCGCCUGCUGCCCGGCUGCUCCCUGGACCAGCUCCAGUCCGUGGUGCAAGAGAAAGUGGAGCGGCUCCUCGCUCAGAAAUCCUAUGAGCAUUUGGCAAAAAUAAGAAUAGCAAGAGAAGUGCCUCCAGAGUGCAACUGCCCACCAGGAAUAUGGACACAGUCCUGAAGUUCUUACUCAGGCAGCAGUCCCAACAGCAUUGUUGAACUUCAGGAUUGGGCCCUGUGAUACAGGGAUCAGUUGCUUGUAGACCUGAAUAAUAUAUUCAUCUGAUUUUUUUGUGUUACAUGCUUUCUAUAAGUUUUGUUGUCUUCUGCUGUUGGCUUUAGAUAUUAGAUUUAGAUAACUGUUGAUGAUUUAUUUUGUCUUAGACUUCUUUUGAGAUUCUCUAUCUCCUGUCUCUAUUCCUUGGGCAUUAGUAAUAUGACGCUUAAUGAUUCACAAGGUGCUGUAGCAAAUCUAACACACUUUAUAAUAGGGUACCAUGGAAAUAUAGUAUGCUCUGUAUGUCCUUCCAUUUACAAAAAUGUCUUCCCCUUAGAAAAGCUGGGAUUGUUGACAUGCAUCAAGAGUAGGGAUGAUAAUGAGUUAAUAUUUGACACGCUAUGUUUUUGAAAAACUAUUUGCAGUAAGACAUGUGACUAUAAGGUAGGUAUUUAUGGAAGGAACUCUUCUAGUCAGAGGCUUAACUCAUGACAGACUCAUCUUGAAGGGAUUAUUGAACCACAGGAAAGAAAGUCCCUGUGACAAUAAUAUAUCUUUUUGAUAAUAUAACUGAUAGUAGAGUACCCUAGUAGUCUGUUUAGGAAUCUUUAUCAGUUGAAUGAAAUGGGCAAUAUUGUUUGUUGGAGCCAGAGUGUUUAACAGAAUAUAAAGAAUUACUAAACUCUCAGUUUUGAUGUGACGUGUUACAUAAUGUUAAUA